CAAGACAACCUCGUUUCUUCUGAGUCAGUUCCUCAUGCUUCGCUUACUUUAUAUCUCUCUCUCUUUAACUUUUCAAUCACUCAAAUCGUGUUUCUCGUCUCGCCAUGCUCGUUUUCUUGAAACCCAAACCCUACCCAUUUAUCUCUCGCCAUUUCUGUGACCCUUUCUUUUCAUUUCAAGCUUCAAGGGUAUUGCACCUGGUCAUUUUAUGGAGUUUUUUCUUCGGCAUCUUAUCUAUAGAAUUCCUGUGGUAAUAGGCCAAACCUGGGAUUGCAUGGUUUGUGGUUAGAUAUUGAUUAAGAGAGUUCAGUUUGUGAUCCACAUGCAAAGUUGCAGUCUCCCGAGUGAGUGAUGUCUCAACACCAAAACCAAAACCUACCAUUGGUUCCGAAAUCUGAAGCUGGUGUAAAGCCCUUCGCGAUAAGGCAGUAUGUUCUUGCCUGUCGUGACAGAAAUAUCUCUCAAAACUGGCCUUACGAAGAGAAGCACUUGCAGUUGUGUCUUAAAAGUGGUCUCAUGGAGAAAGAGCUGUUGCCACCACUUGAACCACUCAAUGGUUUCUCCAAAAUGCAUUCUCCAAAUGAUAACAACAGCAAAGAAACUGAUUCUUGCAAUGCUGAAGUGCCACAAGAGUGUAACUACAAAGUCAGCAACCACCACCCUUCAUCACAGCCAGAAGAGACAUGUUCUCUCUCAGGUUCUACUAAUUUUCAUAAUAACAGUCCGCCAUUAAAAACAGUGAAAUGUAAACGCAGAAGGCGGAAAGGGAAAUGUAAGAAGCGUUUCAUGGUGGAUAUUUUAGCCAUGGCACAGCACAGUACUUUAGAGGAGAUUGAUGGGAUGAACAAGUUUUUUUAUGCUCAAACUGUGGUUGAGGGAUGUCAUGAACAAGCUGUGGAUGACGAUUCAUGCAGAAAAGGUGGUAGUGAAGAUGAUGGUAUGGCUAAUGCUGAUGUCACACCAAAGGGGUUAUUGCUUCUUAAGUUAAGCUCAAUGGAUGUAAUGUAAUUGGGAAUUGAACAUAAUAUAAUGGAUUCUGUUCAAUUUUAUUCUAUAAAAUGAUUAUUGUUCACUGCAGAAUCUCCUCUGACGUUGUCAGGUUAAACCAUGAA